AUGGCUAUUGGAAAAGGCAUGCCACUCGAUAGUGCUGCAUUAAUGUCAACAGUACUCGAAGGCAUUUUAUACGGCUUUUCUGUCCUCAUGUUUAUUGGCACCAUCUGGGCGCUGACCCAUGAACGCCACAUGCGGAGCGUCAAUCGUCUGAUCACAGUUGUGGCCGUCUUGCUGUUCGUCCUAAGCACUGCGCACAUGGUCGUAGACAUUAUUCAGACUGAAGAAGGACUAGUGCAGCACCGCAACAUAUCCCAAAGCGGGCCCGGGUCGGAGGCGUUCUUCACAGAAAUCUCCUGA